UUUAAAUAUAAAAUGAGAAUUAAUCUUCAACAAAAUUUCAAGCAGUUUUGUAGGUCACGGCAUUUCUUGUUACAUACAUUACCCACAACACCAAAGAAAAAUAUAAUCAACACGAGAUUAUUUGUGCCAGAACCAGAAUAUGAUACAGAUUUUGUAUGCAAUUCUGCAAAUCGUGACAUUAUUUUCAGUAAUAUUAAAAGUCGAAAAGGUAUUGGAGAUAUUGAUAAAGUUCUCGAAUAUUCUGGCAAUGCCGAGAAGCGAGAAUUGCUUUUGCAAGAAUUAAGCAAAAUACCAAAUUGUACACAUCCUGCAGUAAUUGAGUAUGGAGAUGAACCAAAAUUGUUAAAGAAAUGUGGUAGAAAACCACAAUUUGACUUUGAGCCUCAAGAAUUUGCUGAACUUGCCACUAAUUUAAAAGCAAUAAGAACCCAUACACUCGGUCCUGUUACCGGACAAAGAAGCUAUAUACUUUUAGGAGAUUUAGCAGAAUUGGAAGAAGCAUUAAUUCAGUAUACACUUAGAAGAUUGAUGAAGCAUGGAUUUAAAUUAUUGUCAGUACCUGACAUCAUCCUUACUGAAAUAAUCGAGAGAUGUGGUUUAAUAGUGAAUAAUAAUCGGACUUUGGUAUACAAUUUAGAUUCUCAUUAUGAUGACAAUUAUAGUUUAUCUGGAACUGCAGAAAUGUCAUUAGCUAGCAAAUUGAUGAACACUAUAAUUUCCUAUGACACACUACCAAUGAAAUUGGCUGCUGUCAGUCGAUGCUAUCGUGCAGAGGGUUCAGGUUCUCUAGAUGAAAGAGGAAUCUAUAGAGUUCAUCAAUUUACUAAAGUGGAAAUGUUUGUUUGCUCCAAACCAAAUCAAUCUGAGGAAGUGUUUCAAGAUCUUCAAAAUAUACAGGAGGGAUUGUUCUCUUCCUUAGGAUUGCACUUUCAAAUAAUGGAUAUGCCAUCACUUGAUUUAGGUUCAUCAGCUUAUAGAAAAUGUGAUAUGGAAGGUUGGAUGCCUGGAAGAAAAUUGUAUGGUGAGUUAUCUAGUUGUAGUAAUUGCACGGAUUAUCAGUCAAGGCGCCUCAAUAUUAAAUAUAGGACAAAAGAUGGAAAUAUAGCUCACGUGCAUACACUAAAUGGAACUGCGUGCGCGAUACCUCGCAUGUUAAUCGCAUUGUGCGAAACAUAUCAAACGAGACAUCAUCGUAUCACUAUACCAAAUGAGUUGAUGCCUCUGAUGAAGGGUAAAACACUCAUUAAAAAGCAACCAAUCGCAGAUAUGAGAACUUACAAAUAUAAACAAAAAUUAAAUGUAAAAGAAAAAGCUGAAUAAAGUAUAAAUA